AUGGAAGAAAAGAAGUUAUUAGAUAUAGGAACUCAAGGGCUACCUUCAGAUGGUUUCCAAAACCACUAUUUUUCCCCUAACUUACAACAAGCUGAAUUGCAUGGAGUAAAAUUGUUUCUGAUUAAAGAAAGCAUAUAAGAUUCAUAAAGGCUUUCAAACUGAUUCUUAAAGGUGUUAGUGUUGCAAUUCUCACUUGAUUCAAGACUAAUUUACCUUAUUUUGCAAUAUUAAAGAAUUCAAACAUAAUCGGGCUGCACAUUUAUACUUUUUACAACUCCAAUAGUUUAUAUUUCUAUUUUGCAUUCCAUGGUAUUAAAUAUUUAAUUAUUAGUGCUAUUUUUCUGCCUUAUGCUUUGUAUUUCAAUUCUCAAGGUGAUUAAUGUGAAAAAAUGAAAAAUUGCAUACCAAGCUAUUAUAAUAAGUUCUCCAUAUGGAAUUAAACUUAAGAUUACUUUGAGUUGGAUGACUUUUAUUUAUAAAUCUUUUACCUUCUAACAAUAUUAUUAAGCACGAUAGGGGUUUAUCUAAUGUUAUUUGGGAAUAAAUACAAAUCAUUCCUUAGCAAUUCAUGCUCUAGAGCCUUUCUUUUGUAAUCAGUAAUGACAAAUUUUGUUCAAACGGAAGUUGAAUUUUCAAAACAAAUUGGAACAUCACAAAAUCAUUCAUAUAUUAAGGUGCAUAGUUUAGAUAAAUUUUAAGAGUCUAUUAAAAUCUAAGCAGAAGGAAAUUAUCUUUUACUUCAUCUUGAUAAGUAUCAAUUGCUGUAUACUUUAUAGUUAAUGCCAUGCAUUAGAGAAAGCUAUAUUUUAAGAUAAAAUAAAUCCUCAAUUAAUACAAUAAGGAACCAUAAUCAUCUUUCCUUCAGAAGUAAAUAGAGAUUUAUACAUAGGACGAAAAAAUUCGCUUUUAAAUCGAAAAUAAUGAAAUUAUUGUACCAGAUGGAGUGCAAAGAUAUAUAACUUAAAAUUAUACAAAAAAUAAUUGGGAAGCCAUUCUAAAGAUUUUUGCUAUUAUCAUCAUUGCUUUAGUAACCAUUCUAUCUUUGGCGUUAAAUGUCUACAUAUAAACAAAUUAUUUAAACACUAAAUCUACUCUAGGGUAAGGAAAUUUCCUCACAAUUCUGUUUUAGAUUCUAUUAUAUUUAUAAAUGCAUAUUUCAAGUAUGAUAGCCAAAAGGUUGCUUCAUCAUAACAAUUACUAAUAAAUAUAUUUCACUGUAUUUAUCUUUAUUUAAGUAGUGUCAAGUCAUCGGUUUUAAAAAUAUAAAUAGGCUAUUUUAUCCUACAUCCAAUUAAGAAGCAUAUUUGUAAGAAAAUGGAAUUAUUGAUAACCUAAUUGUACUUUGCUAUUUGAAUAUCCUUUUACCAAAUCUAAUUACAAUAUUUGACUUUAAAUAUCUCUCUAAGUAGCUUAACAAACUGUAUAUGAGAAGAUACUAAAAGACAAAAUUAGCAUAAAUAGAAAUUAAUAAACUGUUUGAAGCAAGGCAAUUAUCUUUUGAAUAAAAAUAGUAUAACGUCUUCUAAAUCUGUUUAAUUGGGUAAAUAUUUAUUAUCGACUUACCGUUGAUUGCCCCAAUUAUAAUAAUAGCCCUUUGUACUAUAUAUUGGAUUGACAAAUUUAUUUUUGUUAAGAAUUGUAUUCCAUUCUAAAAUUCAUGGGGAGAUGAUAAUGCUGUAGAAAUAUAAAAGUAGUAGUUUUUACUCUUUUAUAUUAUGUAUUGUUUGUAAAAUUUUUUCUUUUUUGAUAACCCUAUUUUGAUAUUUGGGAUGUUGGGUUAUGUUAUAUUCUUCAAAAUUUUGAUGGGUCGAAAUUUGGAUAAAACAGUAUUUCAAAAUAAAUAAAUUAUUAAAACUGAGAAAUUGAAAGAAUACGCAUCAUAGUAUGAUCCAGUUCACACCUUUGGAGAAACUUAGCAUAUUAAACAUCAAUAUCUAUUUCAUACCUUUAAAAUCCUUAAACAACAUCUAUAAAAAGUAAAGUGUAAAUAUUUAAUUAAAUAGAAAUUUCGAACAGUAAGAACUUAGAUAGAGGAUUUUUCGGAUUGA